AUGCAUCAAUCAUUCGCCACACUCUUUGCCCUUUGCCUGGCCUCCAGCGCCAUGGCUAUGCCCCACAGCAACCUGUUCACUCGACAAACCUCCCCCGACGGAUCUUGCGGUGGUUCCACUGGCUUUGUUUGCGCGACGGGCUUCUGCUGCUCACAAUUUGGUUUCUGCGGUACCGGCCCCGAUUUCUGUGGCAACAACGGAGGCGGUGGCAGCACCGGCGACUGUUCAUGGGAGGGCCACUGCGCUGGUGCUUCGUGCAGCACUGAAAAUGACUGCUCUGAUGACUUGACUUGCAACAACGGUGUCUGUGGCACCGAUGGAAGCGGCGGCAGCACUCCUCCCGGUGGCGGUACCACUCCUCCCGGUGGCGGCAGCAACCCUCCCGGCGGCGGAGGCAUCACCUGUACCUCGAGGGUGUCCUACAGCGGUGAUGGCUCGACCGGUGCCGGCUGGCCUGCGCAGACUGCCUGGGCCAGCUUCGACAACUUGUGGAAUGCCAACAUCAACGCAAUUAACGCCGCGUGCCAGAACAACGGAUGGGGCGUUGCAAACAACUCUCCCACAGAGACUUCGCAAGUCCAGGCCGCUAUCCUCAGCAUCUCAGCCUCGUCCGGUGUCGAUUCGCGCUACGUCUUGGCAACUGUCAUGCAGGAGAGCAAGGGAUGUGUGCGUGUUCCCACGACUCCAGGUUUCUGGGCCAAUCCCGGUUUGAUGCAGGACGCCAACGGCACACACACCUGCUGGAUCGGCCCAAACAACGGCAUCAACCCCUGCCCCCAAAGCCAAAUUGUAGGCAUGAUCCAGGAUGGCACUACAGGAACUGCGUCUGGUUCUGGUCUGCAGCAGCUUCUGUCCAGUCUGAGGACUACUGGAGCUCAGCAAGUCUACCAGGCUGCCCGUCUUUAUAACUCAGGCAGCAUCCCCUCCAAUGGAGACUUGAGCGGGCCUGGUGCUACUCCCUCAUACUCCUCGGACAUUGCCAACCGUCUGCUUGGCUGUGUUUUCUAA